UGGUUCUGGUGGUAGUUUUGGUGAUGAUUCUGGUAGUGGCUCUAGUGGUAAUUCUGAUGGUAAUUCUAGUGGUUACUCUGGUGGUAGAUUAGGCAGUAAUCUUAAUAUUGAUUCUGAUAUCAGCUCUGAUGGUAAUUUGGAUGAUAUAAAAAAUAUACAAGCAUUUAUUGAUACAAUUGAAAACAGAUUAAAAUCUGAAAAUGAGCACUUAAUUCGGGAUAUAAAAUCUGACUCAAAGCUACUCAACACUAUUUACAACUCCUUAACAAAGGCUAAAACAUUUAUUAAUUAUGGUGAUAUUCCUCAAAGUAAUUGUGGAAAACAUUUUAAAGGAAGCAGUAUUCUUAAUGAUAAGGAUGUUCAACUAAAAGUAGCAUCAUAUUUAUGA